UAAAGUGGCUGCCAAUUUUACACUUAUCUGCGGUUUCCUGUUUCCGUUCAUUUACUGCUUCAUAAACAUUUGCUUAAGCAUUUGAUAGGUACUCAUCUUUUUUCACACAGCACUUUUGCUGCUUUACUACAGAGCAAUGCACGUUCGAGGAGGGACCGUGCAGCAACUGGGUAUCCACAGGCUGCGACGACGGUGCUUGUUUUGUGGUGAGAAAAGUGGCUGUGAUGAAGAACGGGCCCACAGCAGAUAGAACCAUCAGUUCAGAGGAUGGUUCGUGUGCCUAUUCAACAAAAGGCGUGGCAUCCCGUGGCACCCCGUACGCCUCACUCUCACACAAUGCCACAGGGCCCUUGUGCUUCACCGCGUGGUACCACCAGUCUGGUACUGAGCACGAAAGCGCCCACUUCUCCGUGAUGCGCCCGGACGACGACUCCCCGCAAGCCUUCUACGUAACGCAGCGGGAAAUGGCCGGAAGCUGGCAGCGCGUCAGGUACUCCGAGAGGCGCCCAGGGGCCGUCAUGAUACAAAUCACCCACAGAGUGAAGGACAGUCCUGAGAAGGCCACGUUUGCGGUUGACGACUUGACGGUGGAAAGCGGGCCGUGUCCUUCAGAACCGAGGAGUGGUUCCUGUGAUUUCGACUGGGGUGACGCGUGCGGCUACGACUACGGAAGCGGGGACAAUACCUGGAAACUGGAGGACACCAGCCGAGAGAGCUUCAAGUCAAUAGACUACUCGACCAACACAAUUCUCGGUGGUGUGGUUUACCUCGGUACACUGGGAAACUUCACGACAGCGUCUUUGACAUCACCGUCGCUGAAAGGCCGCAAGGAAAUGCAAUGUCUGCAGUUUCACUACUACGUUCCGUGGAGCCUGAGCAACCCAGAGAAAUCGUAUUCUCUAGCUGCUGCCACAAGAGGAUACGUGAUUUACAUUUACCGUAUUUCCCUCCCAGGAAGCUCCCAAACCACUGAACUGCUCUGGUCCCGCACUUCCAAGCGUUUGAUAAGAGCAGAGUGGACCAGAGUGGACGUGGCUUUCAAGCAGGAAAGUGACUUUAAGAUUCAAUUAAGCUGCGCUCUCACACCAGAAGAGUUCAUCCCCAAGCCAUACUGUGCCUUUGACGCCAUCCGCCUGUUCAAGUGCACGGGAAGGCGAAAUAUCUUCGACCACCACUGCAACUUCGAGGAUGGGUGGUGUUCCUGGCAGAACCGGUACCUACCGGAUCCCAACGUCGUCUCCUGGCUCAUGGGUGGCGAACACCUAAAAACUACACUGCCGAGGCCUCCUCGAGACCAUACUUUUGGAAAUGGCACAGGGUCCUACCUGUUCGUGUAUAAUUUUGAAAGAAAGAAAGGUGACCAGGCCGAACUGAUAGGCGAAAUUCUCUCCGUGGACAGUCGAGUAACGCCGUGCAUCGAGUUCUGGUUUAUAAUCAAUGGAGAUGAGAGCGCCGAUUUGAAGAUGCUUGCCAUCGAUCCAGAGCAUGAGUCACGGGACAAUUCUCCGCUUUGGUCGCAUAAAGGUGGAGGCCCUGUCACAUGGCAACAGGGCCGUGUCGCAGCACUUCACAGCAGGCGGCCCAUCUUUCUCGCAACUAUGGGAUUGGCAUCGAUACCUGCAUACAUCGCUCUGGAUGAUAUCACAGUGAAAGAAUCUGACAAGUGCGAUACAUUACCAACAUCAGCUGAUGCUUUAUCAGCAGUGGAGCUGCUGAGCUGCACAUUCGAGAGGUCGAACCUUUGUCGCUGGUCUUCUCAAGGGACUACAUCAAGGACCUGGACGCUUGGCCCACCUCUAUUUGCCACGCUGGGUCCACCUGCACUUCCAGACGGCGUAAAAGGUGGCCUCAUCCAUGCAAGCGGAUCAACUCUAGAGCCCAACCAAGGCCUGCUGAGACUGUUCUCGCCCAUUGUUGGAGUACAGACGGAACCAGCCUGCGUUUCUGUAUGGUACCACAUGUUUGGCGCCCGAGGCACGAAUCUGCGGUUAAGCCUAAUAAAGACGGAGCCCACCUCUGGUUUUGUGCGGCGCACUUCGGUACUGGUGCAUCAUCGAGGCCGCACGACGACUGACAAGUGGUACAACGUCCGACGAACAAUGAACCUCGACACCCCGCACAACCAGCUGGCAUUUGAUACAGCAGUCUUCAAAACACUCCGGAAAGCAGCGAUUGUUGCUUUGGGGCCAAUACAAGUAACAAAAGGCGCAUGUGAUUUUCUGACAGAUGCAAAAGGCUACUGCGACUUCGAGUUCGACGAAUGUGGAUGGGAAUCUACCAGUGGUUGGCGAAGACGGGCCAAGCAGUACUGGUUUGAAGAACCUGCCCUGGGUAUGCGCUCCGGUCCUGUGAACUCUGUGUACGUCUUGACGGUCACGCAAGUUUCUUCACCGCCCAACGGUGCCACGGUGCCCAGUCCAAAGUGGCCCGGACAGAAUGAGCCGCAGUGCUUGGAGUUCUGGUACCUGGAGGAAAAGGGAGGCGACGCCGGUCUGCAAGUGGAGCUAGUAGUGAACGACGCACGCACAGUUGUUUGGAGGAAGCCUGUGCACACGGAACGUCAGUGGAUGCUGGCGCGAGUUGACAUCGUGCAAGACCGGACAUUCCAAGUGGCAUUGAGAGCAAACUUCUCGGGCAGCCAGGCUCAGUCAUUGAGCAUCGACGACGUUAUUCUGCGACCGGACGCUUGCGACCACCCCGCCGAAUGCGACUUCACCGACGGUCUGUGCGGCUACGUGAACAAAUUCGAUGGUUGUUUCCGAUGGCUCGUUGGAACUGGUCGUCUGGAAAAUCCUCGUCUCCAUCACGGUGCUGCCGUGCCUCAAGCUGUAGAAGCGUGCCAGUAG